CGCCGAAGCAGGAGAAACAAACCUCCACAAAAAAGGGAUUGGAAAACAAGAAAUGAACACGACAGCGUUUGGUUAGAGAUCAUCGCUGACUGUGAAACCAUUUCUACUAACCAAUACUUUUUGAAAAGCCAAAAACAUACCAAAUACGAAAGCCCGUCGAUGCCCUGCGGUGGACUUCUGUAGCAUGGUAGCUCUCCUCCCACCACCCACAGAGGGUGCGCGUUUGACCUUCGAACAGCUCUCGGAAGAACCCCCGCAGGCUCCCCCCACUGAGACGUACGAACCCGAGAUCUUUUCUGGGUCGCGCGAUCCAGCCGACGUGACGGUCCUUCCUCCAGUAGAUACCGAUAUGGAAUCUGCGGAAGAAAUACCACCCGUGUUUCUCAUGCGCCAAGAAAAUGCUUCACAAGCUUACGGACUCAUUGCCAAGCCUUCUAUUUCGCUUGACCAUCAUGGUGCAGGAUGGGGUUGUAUUUUGUUUGCAAUAGUUUACGAACGAAUCAACGACACAACUUUUCGAGCACCGCAGGAAGCUAAUGCUACUUAUGUCGCCAUCAAGAAACUCAACAAGAAAGUUGUUGCCGAAUAUCUCCGCCGAGGAGGCGAAGAAAACCCAUACAAGGAAAUCUACCGCAUGCAGGAACUUGGAGACAAUAUCCAUGUUCUCAAGUGUGUUGAAGCCCUCCAAGACGAGGAAUUCGUUUACAUUAUCACACCCAGAGCUUGCGCUACUGGAACGCUGAGAGAUCUAGUUCCAUGGCUGGACACAAAAACCAUAGAUUCCAGUCGUGCACGAAAAAUUUUUAUUCAAAUUUUGCAGAUCUUGGCCUACCUUGAAUUGCACAACAUCUGCCAUCGCGAUCUAUCCCCGGAUAACUUUAUGUUUCUGACACCCACGAACUUGGUUGUCUUUGAUUUCGCCCUUUCCUUGCGAAUGCCAAGCAAUGCGGAUGGGCAGCGAGCUCUUUUCGCUCCCCAAGGCAAUUUUGGUACCCGAGCAUACAUGGAACCGACCAUUUUCAUGGACCGUGUAUUCGAUGGUGUCUACUCCGAUCUGUGGUCCGCACUUGUCAUUCUUUACAACCUCUUGACAAGCCAAGUCCUCUACGAGGUGCCCCAUCCAGUCGACGUCAGAUUCCGAUACUUUAUUUUGGCUAAGGCUCUAUCGUCCACCCCGAUGAACGAGAUGGCUGUUCAAGCCAUGAUAGAUAUCUUUGGCGCUGAAGGAAGUCGUCAACAACAGCACCACAUUUUGUCGAAUGCCAUGGCCAACCUGAACAUUGGCCCAGCAGCCAUGGAGAUUUUUGAAAAGUGCUUUCGAGUCAGCCCAGCGGAACGAUGGACGCUUGCUCAGGUUAUCGAGUCUAAGUAUAUUCAGCAAGGUGAUGACUGA